AUGCCUAAAACACCUCAAGAAUUUAUCCAGAGUUCGUUUUCACCUCUAGUAGCAACUCUGUGCUCGGCGAAAGUGGAAAAUAUUGUAUCAAAGAACAACCUUUCUUUAUCUGAAUUAUUGCAACCUUUUGCGACGUGUAAUUGGGAAGGGCAGUUUCGAGAGCCAGGUGGUAGUGUUUGUAUUGUUAAAAACUGGAAGCUGGUCAUCAGAGAUGUGAAUUGGAAACCGCUACAACCCACAGAAGCUAGAAGACAGUUAAACAAUGCUGCAUUAUUUAACUAUGAUGAUAAGACAGUUCCUAAGACCAUCGAUGGGCACAAGUUUGAUGUACCACAAGAAACACCAUGGUUUGAUGCAUGGAGAGAAACCUAUUUUCAAGUGCAAUUUCCUUCUGAUCAUGAGUUUACAAAACACUUCUUAUCUUGUAUUAUAGUGGCAUCAACAUUAGAUGAAAAUAUUGUUGAUGCAUACAACAGUUUAAAUCAACAGUGUGCUCAAUUACAAAAUGUUACUCCACCAAAGCUUCCAAAAUGGUUUAAUAAUUCAGUUUUGAAGUCAUAUUUGCUUCUUCAUGAUGCAUCUCUGGUAUCAAAAGAAAUAGCUGAAUCCGCAUUUGAUACAAUGAAACAGGCAUUUGGUGCAGUAAAUUGUUUUAUUCUUACUAUAAAUUCAAGGCAGACUACAGAUGCCAAACUCCCAAUGGAUUAUUGGCAAAAUUGUUUAAAGAAACCUUCAGAAUUACCUAUGGUAUUGCGUACUCUGUCAUUAUCCACAUCUAAUUUAUUAUUUGCUCAGCAAGAAUCUUCAUCUGAAGUCUCAACAGAAAAUAUAGUAACAGCAGAAGAAAAACCAGUUACAGUCACCACACAUCAAGAUGGUUCACACCCCUUGACGGCCAACGAAAGUGAUGUAUAUGAUAAUGCCAAUAGCUUACAGACUCAUUCAUUUUCUGGCAGUUCGGAAAGUAUGAAUGUUAUAGGCAAACCGUUUGACAAUGCAGAGAUGCAUGGAGCAGCUCUCAAUAACAAUGAUAUUGAUGCGAUAAAAAAGUUCAUUCAAGACUAUGCAUCAAAAGCUUUACUUCCAUAUAUAGAGAAACAAAUAGCUCAAAUUACAGAAGUGGUUGCUAACAAAAAAGGUGUGAGCCGAUCGUUAUUAUCGGCUACAAAAAGAUGGUUUACAACGGGGAAAUCCGGUACCACCACAGUUAAUAAUACAGUAAUUUAUUCAAGUGACUGUCCAGAGUUACAAUUACGUCGUCUCGGCGAUCUUUGGUUUCUUUGUGGGCAAUGGCAGCGAGCUUUUGACGCGUACCACACAGCGAAGAGAGAGUUUUACGCGGAUAGCGCUUGGCUCUGCUACGCUGGAGCGUUGGAAAUGGCCGCUAUUAGUGCUUUUAUGUCGGGCGAGGCGAAUCGCAAAACACAUGCGUAUAUGGAAGAGAGCAUCGUUACGUAUUUGAAUACUUGUAGAAUGGUACAAUAUGCAGUCAGAGCGACAUUAUUAUCUAUCCCAUGUUUAUUACACCACGGUUUACACGGCGAGGCCGCAAAACAACUCAUAAGAAUGACGUCAGAAGACAGUGACCUUCGAAGCGCAAUGUUGUUGGAACAAGCAGCUCUAUGCUUUCUCCUUGGCCCAAGUAAUAAGACUAUGAGCCGGAAAUAUGCAUUCCACAUGGUCCUUGCUGGUCACAGGUUUUCUAAGGCGGGACAGAAGAAGCAUGCUCACCGGUGCUACAGACAAGCAUAUCAGGUGUACCAAGAAAGCGGUUGGCGUCUAUCCACAGACCACGUUCAAUUCGCCCUGGGGCGCUUAGCGGGUGCCAUGAAGAUGUCAGCUGAUGCUGCCCGCUGGCUUUCUGGUCCACUCUCACCAGAUUCACAACAACCUGAAUCCCAACAGGAUGCCUUUCUACGGGAGUUCAUGCUUGCACAUCAGCAAUGGGUAGAAAGUUCUGAGGAGUUUAAAACACGUUUGCCGACGUUGCCCGUUCCUUUAUUAAUAAGCGAAGAAACUGCUGUGUUAUGCGCUGGACCCUCACCUUUAUCAUCCCCGGGUCGAACGCCAGCCACUUCGGUGUCAUUUAUUGAUAUCUCCGACCUAACCGAUAAUUUAUAUUGGAGUAAACUAGAAGAAAGUCUGCUCCAAGUCGCGCAGGGCAAUAUUCCAAUGAUUUUCAAACCAACAACAGAUUUGUAUACUCAGAAAAAUGAUAGUAGUCCAAUCGUGCCGCAAGGAGAACCAAUACAUGUAGCUUUUACUUUAAAGAAUCCCUUAAAGGUUCCGUUACUGCUGACGGAUUUGGAAUUACUUUGGAAUUUUACUCCAAGUUCUUCCGGGAUUGUUGAGGGAGAGACAUAUAAUAAUGAAUACAGCAUUGCAGCUGGCCAAGCACUAGAGAGUAACGUUAUACAUGGACAAAGAAUAAAAUCAUUACACUUAGAAGGCGAAUGUCAGAAAAUGGUCAGCUUUACGAUAACGCCUUUGAAGGUUGGACAGUUGGAUAUACAGGGUUUUGUAUACAGAUUAAUCAACGCAAGCGAUAGGAGACAAAAUGAGAAUAGUGUAGCAGUGAUGGGAAAGUUAGCAUUAAAUGGAUCCAAUAAACGAUUGCACAUAACCGUUAUUGAUCACGCUCCGUGUUUACAGGUGACAUUCGCAGAAACAAACACGGAAGUUAUAAGUGGUGAAAUAUUAACAAUUGAUAUGGAUUUUCGUAAUGUCGGUCCCGCUGCAAUGAAUAAUUUGCACAUAGCCGUAUCUCACCCCGAAUGUAUGUACGUAGUAUCGCCUGAUGACACAGACGACUUCAAGUAUUUGUAUCAAGACAAGUAUAAAGAACCACCGGAUUCUACGGAUGAACGUACCGCCCGAGCACAAUUGCGUUUACAAGCGGCGCAACGGCGUGUACGCUGUAUAUCACGUGGGGCGGACGCGGGUAUCGGAUGUACGGGCACGCUGCUCUUAAGGCCGCAUUCUGCAGCGUCAACGUUAUACAUGCUCAUGUAUUAUGAGACUGGAUUGCGAGCUCGGCCCUAUAGGCUGCUGCGACAUGUGUUUCGCUUUACUACAAAAGAAGUUGUUGAAGUGUUAGUCACCCCUCGAAGAUGUUUAGGGGAGAACGAUGGCAAGGUUUUGGAGAACACAAGGUUCGCCGUAGAAGUGAAAAAUAUAAGCAAUGAGAAAGAGGAAAAUAUAUCCCUUAAUGUGUUAGAAGUAUCGCUUUUAAGCAGACAGUGGAAGCUAACUGAUAUCACAGGAGUAUUAGACGUUAAUAGCUCUUUGAUCGCACGUGAACGAUUACAUCUUAUAUUCAAAGCGGUCAGAAUUUUUGAUGAUGUUCCAGAGGGCGAAGUCAAAAAUUCAUGUCUCAAAGUAUCCAAGGAUGUAGUAUCAAACGUCGCUUCUGUUAACAAACUUCCAUUUUCCAAAUUUGUUCUAGGCCAUGUGCCGUCCCUUUUAGAUAACUUCGAUUCCCCAAACAACCGUGAAGAUAGAACGGGAUUGAUCCAAUCUAUGUUUAUUUUGAGGUGGAAAGCAUAUAAUAAUAAAAGUGGAACAACUACGAUCGGGCAACAUUGUCUCUGGCUAGACGGAUUUAGCAAAACUAUUUCACGGAACAGGGAGAAAAUAGAUCACGGCUUAGUUGAUGAUUUGGAAAGUAAAUUGGAAUUAAGCGAUACAAAAGGGAAAUCUGAAAAGUCAAAUGUAGUUAUAUUAAGACUUGAGCAUUCAAAUUACGUGAAUCAUAAUUUUAAAAGGACAAAGUUGUGUAUUAUACCAAUAGCGGUGAAUAUAGUUAACUGCUAUGGGGUUCCAGUCAAUGUAUUCAUUGAUAUGUUCAAACAACAGAACAGAGAGUCGACUGGCACGCUGGGCUGGGCUGGGGCAUUAAAUAAUGGAUUUGCUCCCGAUUCAAAGGAGCUGGGUUUGAAAGUGACUUUACAAAAGUUUGAGUCUCGAAAACUGCAGGUAAACGCCUUAUGUGCAAUUCCUGGUACAUAUACCGUCGGUGCUGCCUUUUCCAUUACAACAAACAUUGAACCAGACAAAGUUGCUACUACUCAGCUUAUUAAUAAUACCUCUUUAUUAGUUGUUAAACAAGCCGGUUAA